UGUAAGUGCGCGUGUCAGUUCCCCUUCCUCCUGUGACAACGGCGACGACCAGUAGUCUAGUACAUCUACAUCUAGUUGUAAUCUGAAGGCAAGAUCUGAAACGACGAAAAUAAUCAUUGUUGUCCCGUCUACCGCUUCUGUUGAGUGGGUAGAGAGUGAGAGAGAGAGAGAGAUAGAGGGAGAGAGGGAGAUAGAGGGAGAGAGGGAGAGAGAGAGUCUCUCCGUGCUCAAAGCAAGAAAACGGAUCUAUUUUCUCCCCCAUUUGAUUUAAGCUUCUGGUGACUAAUAUCUCGCAAACUGCGACAUGUACUGUUUUGCGUUGUUUGGUGAGGUUAAUUCCUGGAGUUUUAUUGUUGCUACGGUUUUUUCAAGCGUUCAAAAGUGAACCGAUUUCCAGUGAAGGGCAUUGAUGGACUAAAAAAAAAGCAUAAUUAUCGCUUGGUCUAGAUCUUUACGUAUCAUGUAGUGUGUGUUUUCUUGCUGCAGGAAAGGACCCGGAAGUUCAAAGUCUUGCUUGGUGAGUUGUAUUUGUGACGACACGAUGGACUGGAAGCUGUAGAUUUACUUGGAUCUGUAGCCCUACAUGAUAUUAUGUGUGUGUUUGUCUGUGUGUGUGUCAGGUGUUCGAACCUUGAACAUUAAUUGCAAGACACGGACGGUUGCUUUGCUUUUCUCUUUCAACGAAGUGCCUGUAGUAUAGACCUACUGCAGUAGUGUGGGUUCUGAUUUCGUGGCUUUCACAAGCAGGAACAGCAACGUCGUCUUAACCCUGCACGAAUCAAUCUGACCUGCGGAGACAGAGAAUAUCUAGAUUAUUAUGUCUAGAUUUAGUGUGGAAAGAAAGUUUUGAUGCUUGUCCUAAAGCUUAAUCAAAUUUCUGAAGUUGUUUUUUUUUAGAAAGUUUGGAUGGUGAGUCGUGAGUUUCAGUCAAACUUAUUGAAGUUAUUCACAGAAACGUUUGUAACACUAUUAUUAAAAUUUGUGAAAAAUCACGCAUGGAUGGUGAACUGAAUUGAAACAGAAAAAGAUAAGAAAACUCAGAAAAACGCAAACAAACAAAUAGAGUUUAAAUGAAUUUUUUUAAAAAAGCAGAAACGCAAUAACCACUUUAAACGUGUAGUCUGAUUUUCUUUGUUGCCGGAACGAGCGAGAGUACGCGGCAUCUAGAUCGAGAUCUAGAUAUUAUUAUCUAGAUCUAUUCAAAGCCCACCCAGCAAAUUGGAUCUAUCUUCGGGCAGAAACAAAAUGUCGGCCAGAUCUAGUGCAGAAGUAGAGAGGAGCCCACAAGUGGUGUGUGGCGGGGCAGACGACGAGAGCUGUGACGUAGUGCUCAGACGGUCCCCCCGGAAGACCGCCGAGUCGUCGGUGCUCAGCUACCUCGAGAGAGAGAGGAGGGACGGGGAGAAGAGGGUCAAAUGGAGCCCGUCCACAGAAGUGAGAGAAAAGAUGAAGGAAUGCAGGAGGAGCCAGGUUUGGAACGCAAGCUUCGCGUGAUCAACGCAGCAACGACACGCUACACACUACUGCCAGCAUACACAGCCGCAGUCAAAAUA